GAUCAAGAAAAGACAGAAACAGAUGCAGAUGCAGCAGUGAGACUUGCUCGACGGCUCUUUACCCUCGAUGGUUUCAAAAAAACUGAUGUCGCAUCUCAUCUGUCUAAAAAUAACGAUUUUGGGAGGAUGGUUUCGGAGGAGUAUUGCGGGUUAUUUAACUUCUCAGGAAUCCGACUAGAUGCAGCAAUAAGAGAGUUUCUUUCACGAUUUUGCCUUAUUGGCGAAAGUCAAGAGCGGACUAGGAUCAUUGAACAUUUUGGUAACCGAUAUUUCCAGUGCAAUCCAACAUUAUUUUCUUCUCCAGGUCAGGUUUAUGCGUUAACAUGUGCAUUAUUAUUACUGAAUUCGGAUUUGCAUGGUGAGAAUGUUGGUAAGAGGAUGUCCAGCCGUGAGUUUAUCGAAAACUUAGGUCAAACGGAGUAUGUGUAUGAUCGAGCGCUGUUAAAAACACUGUAUACUGCGAUAAAGGAACAGCCAAUUAAAUGGGCCGAAGAUUCGAAAGAAGAAGGGUUAAAUCUCAGGGCACCAUCGGGUGAUACAGCAACUUCAAGUUCCAAAAAUGCAAGAAGAUCAAUGCGGAAGUCUAAAUCUGCUAUUGGAGAGGAUGAUCAAAUCGAGUACAAGGCAGGAUGGGUGGUAAUGAAGUGCGUUUACGAUAACGAUGGCAAACGAACACCUUUCGGGCGUCGAGGCUGGCAUAUGAGGUACGCUCGAGUAAGGGGUAUGAUACUUUACAUUCACAAGGAUGAUAAUGGGUUUGCUCGUGGAAGAUAUGAGACUUACAAGAACUUGGUAAUGCUGCAUCAUUCGGUUGCUGAAAGGCCGAAAGAUUAUAAUAAACGGCAGCACGUUUUUAGGCUGCGUACUGCAAACAAAGGCGAAUAUCUUUUCCAGACUAGCGAUCCAGGUGAAGUUCAAAAAUGGAUUGAUAGCAUAAACUACGUAGCUGCUGCAUUCUCAUCGCCAGCCCUCCCACCGUCCGUUUCCAGUGAUGUUAGCGUGUUCCACAGGCCUUUAUUGCCGAGUGUACCCUCGAAAUUAUCGAUCCCCGAACAGCUUCGAGCUCAUGAAGAAAAGGAAUGUGAAAUGCGCCAGUUAAUUGACGAAUUGAUGAGCCAAGCCCCCCCGCUUAAUGCUAAACGUGGUCCCGUUUACAACUAUUUUUACAAGGAGCGGUACUUAUUCCAGGAGAGGGAACGUUACGAGCUCUAUACGAAUGUGUUAAGAAGGCAUUUAAACGUUUUAUCCCCUUCUAACUCAAUGGCUAUACGAAUAGAGUCUUCUAAUGGACCGUCAUGUAGUCGCGUAGAAAUCCCUCGAUCAGCUUCUACCGUCCAUUCCAGGCCCCCUCCUUAUUGUACAGAAGUUGUUUUAGAAGAGCCUGAGGCUGAAGCGCGAGCAGAAGCAGCAGACAAGAAGGCUACAGAUUUGAAAGGAAGUGACGAUAGGAUCAGCUACAAGGAAGCUAUUGGCACCACCACUAGUCCAGAAGUAAAACUCGUGGAUGACUGA